AUUUGUAGUCUCACUUUAUUGUAAGUUAGUCUACAAUACGUAUCGGUUUUCUGGCUUUCCCCUAUCUUGAUUAUAUUUUGUGCUCUUAAAUUUAUUAAAAUGGAAUUUUUUGUAGACGAAGCAAAACUUGUAGAAUUCCUUCGGCAGCAGGUGGAGCCGCAACACUUGUUUCAAAUCUUGGAGCAUUUCAAGAGUCAAACCCCGGAAGAGACCAAGUGGAGCACGAUAGUGCAGCAGCUGCUUGAAGUCUUAAAGACAUCAACCGAGUCUGGUGUAAUUUACGAGGAGAGUACAUUUUACUUCGCCAACACCCAUGUGGAGGACGUACAACGGAUAAUGAUGGAUGAAGAUGAUUGGUUCAUUCCCAGUGCUGGCCCCAGUGAGACUUCUUUGGGCAGCACCAACCCAACACAGGUGCCUACAGCCACGGCAGCCACUAAAAGUCCGGAGUCAUUGACGAAUUCAGAGUCCACCCAAAGUACAUUGUCCAACUGCAAUGUCAUGUCGGCAGAAGCAACCAUGUCAAUUUCCGAAGACGAUUAGAAACUUGGUUAUAUAAACUGUAAAG